AUGGGCCCCUGUACCGCCUCCUCAUGCUGCUGCCAGGCCCGUAAUCUGCCAUGGGCCCCCGUACCAACUCCUCAUGCUGCUGCCAGGCCCGUAAUCUGUCAUGGGCCCCUGUACCGCCUCCUCAUGCUGCUGCCAGGUCCAGAGUGUGUCAUGGGUCCCUGUACGGCCUCCCAUUGCUGCUGUCUCCAUCGCCACACUCUGCCAUGUGCCACUUUCAGGUCUCCUCACACACUGCUGGUGGGUUCCAUUUUGUCAUAGGGUGCUGUAUGGCCUCCCAUUGCUGCUGCCUCCACCGCCACACUGUGGCUCCACACUCUGGUUUUGGCCCCGUGACUGCCCAAAUGAGUGAAGUGUGCGGUGAUUCUAAGAUCGACGGCACUCAUCUGCAUGUCAUACUGACUGACAGUAUUAUUUCUCUUCCCCAGCAGACUCCAAGGGCAUUUAAAUUAAAGGUACAGUGUUCUGCACUAAUAUAA